AUUCAUAUUAGAGGACGUUGCGAGGACGGAGUGAAUGGCGACGUUGACGGCGCGCAGUCAGUCAUUCGAGCGAAUUUGAGAGAGGACGCAUACCGGAAGGCAGAUUUCGACCUUGAUUGAAGCAGAGAGAAUCGAAUCGUUGCUGAGGCAAGAUGUCCUCUUCCAAUCCAGUGGUGAAGACUAAAGUUCAGACCUUUGAAAGGUCUGGAUCAUCCACCUCUGUAUCAAAGCGGUUAUCAGUGACAGCCUCACGACGAUCGACCACGAUCGAGAGCAGCACAGGUGCGAGACUGGUAGCGAACAAGACAACCGCCAAUGGAGGUGCAAGCACCACCGCAACCACAACAGGGGAUGGAAAAUGUAUCUGCGAGAUAUGCACCUGUGGCCAUCACCGUUGCAAACAUCGACCAUCGACCACAAAUGUGGCAGAAGCGAAUAUGGCAGCCUCUUCGAUGUCGGUCUCAGAGGAACAACAAUUUUCUACGUCCUCGAUGGCAGCAGCUGUGACUUCGACUCAGUCGUCCCAAUCAGCUCAAAGAGCGAUGGAGGGCAAAGAACGUCGAUCUUCCGCCGGUGGACAAGCAUUGGUUGAACCAAGAAAAAUCAGUGACACGGCCUUGGCUAACCUUGGGUCCGAAGUGGAUGUGGGUCAAGCUCAAACAAGCUACAUGACUUCAGAAUCAAAAAGAGAAUCUUCUGCUAUGAGCCAUUCUCGCGAAUCACGAAGUGAAAUGAAGACCUAUGAGGCCAGAAAAUCGUCAGGAUCUUACGAAAAACAUAGUGGACAAUUCGACACAUAACAAAACUUGACAUAUCAUUGGACAAAAUGAAAGUCUGCAAGAACAAUCGACUCUUUAUUGACAACAACGGUAAUCAUGGAAAGAAUGGAUUCACAAAAGACCUGAGCUGAGCGCUACAGGGCAAAAUAAGUGAUUGCUAGGCUUGGGAAAAAAGGAAAAUAUCAAAAACCUAAGUUUGUACCUUAGUUGUAGGUACCUUAGUACCUUGAACCUAAGUUUGUGGACAAAUUACCUAGAUCGUUAUUUUGGGGAAAAUACCCCUUUUCCACCUUUAUGGCGUUAUCAACCUUUUUGAUGAAACGAUUAUGGGACUCUUGUAAGCUUGUUGAUUUUUCAUUUAGCCGUCAAAUAAAACAGGGUUCCUUCUCCGAUUCUUUGGAAAGAUUACGCCAUUCUUGAGCGAACAAGACAGCAACAACAAUUAACAACGAAAUAUUUGCUGGCAAAGUCAACUUCAAGGACAAAAACACUUAAAUAACAUCUAAAAUGCUCUUUUUGAGUUGCAUCAUUUUACGUAAAUUAUGCAACUUAUUCGAUUUUUUAAAAUAUUGACUGAUUCAACAUUUGUGACUCUCCAGCAAUUAUCUAGUCCACUAUGCCAAGUAAAAUUGAAAGAUUUAGAAUGAAAAAAUUAAUAUUUUAGCGAUCAGUUUUUUCAACACAUACAUGUACGAUAACAUGACUAAGGAUGACUAACGAUUAGAAAUAGGGAACAACGCGAAUUUUUAUUGUAUUUAUAUAAAAUGGACAUUUUCUAUCCGAAUUGAUCCGAUUUGAAUGCUGGCCAAUACUGCGCAUUACUGGUCCCCCAAAAGCAUUUAUUUUGAUUCGUUUGAAAGCAUGAGCCAUGUUUGAGUACUACAGUACAGUAUUUAUGUUUUCUCUUUGUUUGAACCUUUUUCCAGUCUUUUGUUCAAUAAAUAAGUUCAAAUGGAAAACCUUUUUUUGGCG